GCGGCGCUCGAGCCUCUCGGCAGAAGCGUUACUACAACUACUACAGCUGCUACUACUACUGCUGCUGCUCUCCGCGGCGGCGGCGCUUUCUUUUGUUUUUCUUUUCCUUUCUUUUUCUUUCUAUUUUCCUCCUGUUCUUUUUGCGGCGUGAUGCUGGACUGAUCGAUGGAUUGCUGUUGAGAAGAAGAAGAAGCUUUGGUUUGAGAGGGGGAGGGAGAAGGAGUGAGAGAGACAGAAAGAAGGAGACAGACAGAGACAGAAAGGGGAUAGACAGAGAGAGAGAGGGAGGGAGGCGAGAAGGCAGCAUCUCUCUCAUUCUCGCCAUGGAGCUCAUGGAGAACCUCAGUAACAUGCACGGCGUCUCGCACGCGCAGGCAGCGGGCGAUCUGAUGACCGCGGCGCACUCGCGCCCCUCGCCCGGCCCUCCGCCGCCCCACCGCAGCCUUGUGUCGCACGGGCGCUCGGCCAUGGUCUCGAGCAUGGCGUCUAUCCUGGAGGGAGCCGGCGAGUACAGGAGCGACGCGGCCGCGCUAACCGGCCACUUGCACGCGGCCGCCAUGAGCAUGUGCGAGCCGGGCAUGGGCCUGUCCAGCACCUACACAACGCUCGCGCCCUUGCAGCACCUGCCGCCCAUCUCCACCGUGUCGGACAAGUUCCAUCCGCACGCUCACCCCCACGCGCACCCGCAUCACCCGCACGCGCACCACGCGCACCCGCACCACGCGCACCAGCGCCUCACCGCAGGCAACGUCAGCGGCAGCUUCACGCUCAUGCGCGACGAACGCGGCGUCCCGGGAGGACCCGGCGGCGGCCCCGGCGGAGGCGGAGGUCCCGUAGGUCCCGGCGGCGGCGGUGGCAGCGGAGCAUCCGGCGGCUUGGUCGGCAACUUGUACGGCCACCACUACCCCAAGGAUGUGACAGGCAUGGGCGCGCCGCUCUCGCCGCUCUCCAACGGGCUGGGCGCGCUGCAUAGCUCGCAGAACGCACUCUCCGCCGCCUACGGCCCCGCGAGCGCCGCCGGAUUCGAGCCGCACGCAGCCAUGCUGUCGCGCAGCGAGGAGCACCUGGCGCGCAGCCUGGGCGGCGGAGGCGGUGGCGCGCACGCCGUCCUCUCCAACCUCAACGGCAUGCACCCGCACGGGCACCUCCACGCGCAGGCCGCCAGCGCCGCCAUGCUGGUCGAGCGCGAGAGGCACGCGGUGGUCGGCGGCGUGGGCCACGGCGUAGGCGGCGGCGGAGGAGGCGGAGGUGGAGGAGGGAGCCAAGUGGAGGAGAUCAACACCAAAGAGGUGGCGCAGCGGAUCACCGCCGAGCUGAAGCGCUACAGCAUCCCGCAGGCCAUCUUCGCCCAGCGGAUCCUCUGCCGCUCGCAGGGAACACUGUCCGACCUGCUGCGCAACCCUAAGCCCUGGAGUAAGCUCAAGUCCGGCAGAGAGACCUUCAGGAGGAUGUGGAAAUGGCUGCAGGAGCCCGAGUUCCAGAGGAUGUCCGCGCUCAGGCUGGCCGCCUGCAAGAGGAAGGAGCAGGAGCAGCACAAGGACCGCAACCUGGCACCCAAAAAGCAGCGGCUGGUCUUCACCGACCUCCAGCGGCGCACGCUCAUCGCCAUCUUCAAGGAGAACAAGAGGCCGAGCAAGGAGAUGCAGAUCACCAUCUCGCAGCAGCUGGGCCUGGAGCUCUCCACCGUCAGCAACUUCUUCAUGAACGCACGCCGCCGCUGCGUGGACCGCUGGCACGACGAGGCCAAUGGCAGCCCAGGCCAGCCGGGCACCUCUGCCACCACCUUCUCUAAGGCCUGAGCGCCUGACCCACUGCGUCCGCCGCUGGUCAGAGCCUUGACCCACUCUGACGGGUCUGGACCAGCGGUGGCAGCAGUGGCGACAAGUUCACGUGUGGCGUCCGUCCGUCCAUACAAGCUCGAGAAACCUCAACCUGCUCGGCCGAGGGGGCAUGGCCAAUACUGGAGGCCCCUAGUACUUGGACACAAGCUGCCCUAUGACCAGUGAUAAGGGGGUCUGCAGGCAUGCUCUGGUCUUUUAACCUGUGGUUUAUGUCUUUGUUUAUUCGGUUGCCAUAUUCACUUCAGCGGAGGUUUUAUUUUCAAUAUGGCAUCCGUCGUUUGUUUGUUAAUCGCCCAAAGAAGGCCUAAGGCCUGAUCUGAAGGUUUCUAGGCUUGAUAUUUAAGCCUUAAGCCUUCAGUCUUAAAUCUCAUCGCCCUUUGUUCCUCGAGAUGUUGGUCUUUUACGUUGAACUUCUUGUCGUUUUCCACGACCUUUGUCUUUUUAGAACAAGUUAGGAACGAAUAAGAAAGAGGAGAUGGCAAUAAGUGUCCCAACACAUUCCCCUUCUACUUUGUUCUGUAAUCAGUGAGGCGACAACCAGAAGGUCUGGCCGAGAUCCUGAGGCUUCACUGCUUACGUAGCUCAUUCCAGUUAGCAUUAGCAUAAAGUCAGCCAUUUCUUAUGAAUUUGACUUGGAAUUCGAUGGCGAUGGCCGGGAGAAUUUAGACAAAGGAACAUGGAGGUUGCGUGUCACAAUCAUAUGCCUCAGACGCGUUAGAUGUCUAAAUUCUCGGGCCACGCCACACACUUUUUUUUCUCCACAUGAUUUUAUUCCUGUCCUGAUUCCUGAUCACGUCUCCUCACGUCCCCCCACCUACCCACCUACCCUACUGCCAGCGUGGCUCCAUGCUCUUGCUUCAGCACAAUGAGAAAGGGAUUGGAAGAAUCAAUCAGUCCUCUGUGCUGGCCCCCUCAGAAUCAUUUUAGCCCAUGGGGGCCAGCCAGAGCGCUCCUCAUGCACAGAGCAAUGGUGCCACCUACUGGACGAACACAGCUUUGACCUCUAAAAUGUUUUUCAUGAUCUUUUUUACGUUCUCAACAACCAUUGCCGUCUCAUAACUCCAUGAGUGUUUUUAUAGGGGGCCAAGCAAAACUUGGUUGUUCAACCUGUAAUGCUUACUUUUUUCAGUAAUGCUUGAUUUUCUUGUUAUUUUUGCAUGAAGUUCGAUGUUUAUAUCCAAAGGUAUUUUCAUUUACCAAAGAUAUAAAAAAAAACAAAGAAGAAACAAUCAUUACUCAAAGGGAGUAGGGUAGAGUACAGCUGCUGCUCGCUUCCUCCAGUAUGCGGAGGAAGGCAGUGUCUAGUGGCCAAACGUAAAAGGUAAAAUGUCACUGUAUGAUUGAGUGCCAAUGACAGAUGCCUUAAUGAUAAUCAUGGGGGGUGGAGCGGCUCCGAGCCGCAAAACGCUCCAAAUCCCUCUCUUCCCUCCCUCCAUUCUGUACGAUUCGGGGUCCGUGCCGGACCAAAACCCGACAAAUGACAAAUCAUGCAAAACCAACCAAAACCUGACGGUGGGUGAAGACCUACCUCUCAUCCUUGACACCAAAUGUGUGUCAAAAUAGCUCCACAAGGUUACAAAAGCUCCAAAGAACACAGUAUAACCAAUAUCUUCUGCAAAUGAAAGCUCCUGUAAAUAUUUCUUCUGUCUCUUUCUUCUGUCCUUCUUCCUUUCCCCUUCCUUACACUAUUUCCUAUCCUCUUCCCCUUCGCCCCAACCUCUCCCUCUCUUUCCCUUCUAUAAUAACGAUGCGGGUAAUUAGUACCAUAGACACAAAGUUUCUAUUAAAUGUAACUCUUUGUGCUCUGUUGUGCAUAAACUACAAGUAAAGAAGCACCUUGUUAACGAAUUUGCGAAGAAGAAGUCGACAAACGAAAAGCAAAAGCGAGCGCAAAUGCGAAUGCUCUGAGGGAGACAAAAAGCUACGGGAGCAAUCAGAGACAACCGCAGCGAGAGAAAAAAUAAGGGUUGUUGUGUAUACUGUAAACCUGGACGGAUGUGAUGAUGUUCAUGAAAAAAAAUGAUGGACUCCAAGCUGGAGCAGCCUCUGAACUUCAACCUCUCUGGCAUCUUCUGAACUGGACCUUUCUCAAACAUGGAUCAUGGUUCAGUUGUGGGAUCAUGGUUCACGACUAACGUUAACGAAUGACACUCUAAAAAAAGAAAGUUCAUCGCCAUGUUUGGAAUCUGAGAGCCUUUUAGAUUGCUUUGGUCUGGAAGAGGUUCUCAAUCAAUCAAAGUCAGUCUCAAUCAAUCAUCAUUUUUUUUCGAUACUAAGACUGAGACCAGUCAUAGAUCUUCUCAUUCCCUGGUUUGAAUCUAAGAGUCUCUCAGAAUGCUUGGGCCUGGAAGACGUUCUCAAUCAAUCAAAGUCAGUCCCAGUCAAGCAUCACUGAUGACAGCAAGACUGAGACUGGUCCUGGGUCUUCUUAUUCCCUGGUUUGAAUCUGAGAGCCUCUUAGAUUGCUUUGGUCUGGAAGAUGUUUUCAGUCAAUCGAAGUCAUUGUCAGUCUCAGUCAAUCAUCACUGACGACACCAAGACUGAGACAGGUCUUGGCUCUUCUGAUUACCUGGUUUGAAUCUGAGACCCUUUCAGAUUGUUUUGGUCUAGAAGAUGUUCUCAGUAAAUCAAAGGGUGCAUGCAAUUCCAUCCAGAUUGAUGUCAUCAAGCUGGACAUUGGGGAACAGCUCUGAAACUGGAGAAAAAAGCCAAAUGUACAUUUGUAGCAUCAAACAAUGGACAAACAAGGAGAACACAAAGAAGCCAAAUGUCAUAACACCACAGGUACCACCUACCAAUGACCGUGUCCAGAGCCGGAGAGGUUUAGAGGUGUUUUUUUUAAAGCAAGGUUCUUAAACAAUGUUGUUUCAGAGUCAAAUGUGAAGCAAAAAUGUGAAAAAAAAAAAUCUGAACACACUCACGUACACACAUGCAAACACACACACACACACAAAUACACACAUCGUUUGUAGUGAGAACCAGUGCGGCUACCUCACAGAACAAUUGUGGCACAUGUGACACGGCCACUGAUACCAAAGAUACUUCGGCCUGCCAGUUCUACCAGAUCGUACACAAACUCCAUUCAUUUCUAUCUGUCCAUCUUCUUCAUGUGUCGUUGUUUUAUACUGAAUACACACAAAUACACACAAAUACACAUGCACUGAUCAGUUAUAACAUUAUGACCAUUGUGCUCUUGUUUUUUUUGUAUGAGGUGGUGUAUGAGGUGUUAUUGUGUGUGUUGUGCUGGUGGUACGAGUGGAUAAGACACUGCAGCAGUGCUGCUGGAGUUCUUAAACACUAUGUCCAUUCUAUAAGACACUACUCUGACAAUUACAAGGAGGUGGUUAUAAUGUUAUUCUUGAUCGGUGUACAUACAUACAUACAUAUAUACAGUUGCAAGAAAAAGUAUUUGAACCCUUUGCGAUUACUUGGAUUUCUGCACAAAUUGGUCAUUAAAUGUGUUCUGAUCUUCAUCUAAGUCUCUAAGUCACAAUAAUAGACAAACACAGUCUGUUUAAACUAAUACCACACAAGGAGGGAUGAUGCAACAGGACAGUGACCCAAAACAUAGAAGUAAAUCAACAACCGAAUGGCUUCAACAGAAGAAAAUACACCUUCUGGAGAGUCCUGACCUCAACCCAAUUGAGAUGCUGUGGCAUCAUGACCUCAAGAGAGCGAUUCACACUAGAUAUCCCAAAAAUAUUGCUGAACUGAAACAGUUUUAUGAGGAGAAAUGGUGCAAAAUUUCUCCUGAACUACAGAAAAAGUUUGGUUGAGGUUUUUGGUGCCAAAGCAAGAUUAACCAGUUAUUAAAUUCAAAGGUUCCAUACUUUUUCCACCCUGCACUGUGAAAUUUAACAUAUUAAAUAAAAACAUGCAAACAUGUAUAUUUUUUGUGUGGUAUUAGUUUAAGCAGACUGUGUUUGUCUGUUGUUGUGACGUAGAUAAAGAUCAGAACACAUUUAAUGACCAAUUCAUGCAGAAAUCCAAGUAAUCCCAAAGGGUUCACAUACUUUUUCUUGCAACUGUAUAUAUACACACACAUAUAUACUGUCUUACAUGACAAUGACUAAUGUAGCAAUUGACAAUUGGGGUCUUACAUACACACAUAAAUGGAUAUACACGCAUACACACUUUCACAGAGCAGUCAGACUGCAUUAUAUGCCACGGUGAAGGAGGUGGCUCCUAUGCAGUACAUGUUGAGUGCCUUUUUCCUUCAACCACGGGUGGGAUUGCUCUGGACACGCAUACACAUACUCACAUACACACGAAUACACACAUUAUACACACUACAACACACACAAACACAACAUAAUAGCAUCAUUCUUGUGUGCUAGCACGUUGUAGGUACAAUACGACGGUAGCUACAACAAGGCCUCACCUUUUCCGUCCUGAUAAAGAAGCACUUUGUUUUUGUACGAGAUGUUCUACUUCAUUUUUUGUAUUUAUUAUUUAUUACCUACAUAUUUAUUUACAUACAUACAUAUUUAUGAAUUUAUUUAUUUAUUGUAUGGAUGCCCUUUUUUUAAACCAUCUAAGCAGUGCUCAGUGACUCGGAAUACAGAGGAGUGUUUGUUUGCAUGCUCCCGAUGCACUGACGCGGAUGCACAUACUUUAUAAAUACAUACACACA